UGACGUCGACAGGAAGAGAGGCGGUAGUGGUAGUAAUAUUCACACAGGUAGAAAACUGAGAAUGCCCGUGCAGAGCCGCCCCGUGCGGGACUCCUCCGUACAUUUCAGGUUACUCCAGCAGUACCUGGUCCUCCUGAAGAGAUACCCCAUCCUGACUAAAUCUGUAACCAGUGGCAUCCUCUCUGCUUUAGGAAACCUUCUGUCUCAGUUUGUGGAGGCGAGAAGAAAAGCCCAGAAGGGAGCUCCUGUCAGUAAUAUCGAUGCAGCUGGAGCUGCACGCUAUGCCAUUUAUGGGUUGCUUAUUACAGGACCCGUGAGCCACUUGUUUUACCAGCUGAUGGAAGUAUGGAUUCCCACCACAGAUCGGUUUUGUGUAGUCAAACGUCUGCUGCUGGACCGGCUUAUUUUUGCCCCGGGCUUUCUGCUCCUUUUCUACUUUGUAAUGAACAUCCUGGAGGCUAAAGGAUGGACUGAUUUUGAAAAGAAGAUGAGAAGAAGUUAUUGGACCGCUUUGAAGAUGAACUGGAAAGUUUGGACCCCUUUCCAGUUCAUAAACAUCAACUUUGUCCCUGUUCAGUUCCGAGUGCUGUUUGCCAACAUGAUCGCCUUAUUUUGGUAUGCCUACCUUGCAUCUGUGAGAAAAUGAUGCUACCAAGACGUCUCUAGAGAAAACACAUCUUCAGGAAACAGUUUUGGCAUAUUUGUAAAUGCCUUAAAACUGAGAUCAUACAACAGACUGUUACGUUUACUGCCGUAAAUCUGUGCCUAAUCUGGUCACUAAUUUUCACAUACACAAGCGCUUGUGAUUAAAUUUAAAGUGGACUGAAACCAUUACCACAUGUUGCUGUAACAUUUUAAAUACUCGACUUGAAAUUUAUAUCUUAACAGUGUAAGAUCUAAUAAACUAUUACUUUAUAUGACUGAGAGUCUCUCAUAAACAUUGAGAAUGACAGCCCCACCUUCCUGAGCUGACACAGGCAGAGGAAAUGUGAAGAGACGUAGGCUCCUGUUGUUAACUUUAUGCUUUGUAAUAAGUACAGUUAACAUGUAUUUGUCAUGACAGAAUCACCAAUGUGUUGAUUUGUAUGAGUUACUUAUCUGUUGUGCCAAAAGAUAACACAGAUUUGCAAACUGGUUAAUGAACCCAUAUUGUACGGUCUAUGGGAAUGUUCUUGUUUUUCCAAAAUAAAAGCACUAAUAAAUAUGA